UUCUGCUGACACAAUGAUUGACUAAAGAUCAGCCUUCUUAAAUAUUUGCGCACUCUACUGGAGUAUAAGAACAUUGAUAAACCAUUGCAAAUAAGGUGGCUUAAGGACAUGACAUGAGUGACUGUCAGAGUCUAUGUAGAUAAGGAUUCAUGGUUUUUAAAGAACUGAAUUAAUACAAUAUUGACCAUAAAUGUAGGAAGUAUUGAUAAUUGCUCUAUUAUUACAACAACAGUUGAAGCAAUGGACUUUCUAUAUAAAUACAAAGGACUCUAUUUCAUAACUGGCAUGUCCUCACCUGAAGAUUUAGAUUCACUGGACAGUUUUGAAAUCCGAGAUGAUGAUAUAUUCGUAAUCACAUAUCCUAAAUCUGGCACUGUGUGGACUCAGAAUAUUGUCAGCUUGAUUACUUAUGAAGGUCACCGAGAUGGAACUGAAAAUAUUACCCUAAUUGACCGAGCACCAUGGCUGGAGUAUAAUAUAUUCCAUGUAGAUUUACCUAAUCGCCCAUCACCUCGUGUCAUUUGUUCCCAUCUGCCCUACUAUUUGGUACCCAAAGGAUUACGAAAAAGAAGAGCAAAAAUUAUUUAUGUGCUUAGAAAUCCAAAGGAUGUCUUGGUUUCUAAAUACCAUUUUCAAAAAUUAAAGACCAAAACAGAAACCCCAAAAGACUUCAGUAUACUUUUUGAGAAUUUUUUGGCUAGCAAAGAUAAUCAGCUGGAUCAUUGCAUGACCAAGAUGAACCUAUCAGUGUUUUACAGUCCAUGUUUUGUAUUUCGUGACUAGACUACGUAAAUAUUACUGUAGCCUCUUCUUGUGGGGGGGUACUUCCUACAUUUAUGGUCAAUAUUGUAUUAAUUCAGUUCUUUAAAAACCAUGAAUCCUGCUAACAUAAAGGAAAAUUAUGUCUCUCUCUGUGUGUGUGUUAUUAGUUUAGUUUCCUUAAUUAAUUGGUCAAUAGUUUCAUGAACUCACUUUUCAUUGAUAAAUGGUUCCAUUGCAAAGAGUAAAUUUGCUGGAAUCUAAAAAUUCUAUGUAGAAGGGAAAGUUUUAAUUACAAUGUUAAAAACAUAUAAAUUGCAAUUCUUUUCUUACCUUACCUUAUCUAUAUAGACUCUGACAGUCACUCAUGUUAUGUCCUUAAGCCACCUUAUUUACAAUGGUUUCUCAAUGUACUUAUACUUCAGUAGAGUGUUCAAAUACUGAUCUUUAGUCAAUCAUUGUGUCAGCAGAACUUCUGUAUUCAAAAAAUCAGCAAGAGGGGACAUCGAAAACGAUUGAGUAUUAACCUAAUUUGGAAAUGUAAAACAGGUCAAGGGGAACUUUCUUAGCUGAUGUAGAUUUCUAUCACUCUUGUCUCACUGUACUGUACACACUGUGUAUGUAAAACUUAAGAUUCAAUAGUUUUGGAAGAAUUUUCAUUCUUUGGAAGAAUUUGGCCCACUAUUCUUUACAAAAUUACUUUACAACAUUACAUAAUUGAAGUUUGUGAGCAUUUGUUUAUGUACAGUUCACUUGAGGUCCCACUGUAGCAUUUCAAUCCACUUGAGGUCUGGACUUUGACUGUGCCAUUGCAACAUUUUUUUUCCUUUUCAGCAAUUCUGUGGUAUUCGUGCUGAUGUGUUACGGUCAUUGUCCUGUUGCAUGACCCAAUGUUGGCCAAUCUUUAGCUUUCAGCCCGCUGGCUUAACAUGUGACUCUAGAAGACUUUGGUAUUUAGUGGAGUUCAUGGUCAACUUAGUGACUGCAAGGUGUCCAGGCCCUGUGACUACAAAUCAAGCCCAAAUCAACCACCAUCUACCACCAUGCUUGAUGGUUAGUAUAAGAUGUUUGUGCUGAUAUCCAUGUUUUGUUUUGUCAAACGUGGCUCUUUGUAUUGUGGCCAAACAUCUCCACUUUGCUUUCAUUCGUCCAAAGGACGGUGUUCCAGAAGUCUUGUGAUUUGUUCAGAUGCAACUUUGGAAACCAAACUUGUGCUGCUAUGCUGUAUUUAGAGAGAAGAGGCCUCUUCAUCACUGUAAUCAUGGAAUCAAUAGUCUCCCAGUGAGGUUCUAAAUGAUUUUGAAUUCACCCAGUCGGCCAAUGCUUAAGAGAAAUGAAAGGAUCAGAUUGUCCAACCAAUAGAAUGAUCAUUGAAAGAGGUUGGAUUAUAUCCACACCUGAAAUUUUUUUGGGUGAACAGGAGAACACCAACAUUGUCACAACUAAGAAAAGCUUAUGGCUGCCUCAAAUGUAGGCUGCUGAUGAGGCAAACACAACAUCA